GCCACAAACAGAAAUGGGAAGCAAAGAGUGAACCUUCCUCCCUAUACUGUCUGUGGUUUCUAUUUUUUUCUUCUGUUCCUCCUCCCGAUUAUUGGUGUCUUUCUGUCCUUUCCUGUCAUGGCCUAUACCCCUGCCUGGCUUCCAAUCAUCCCCUUUCACGUGUUCCCCUCUUUGUGCCACCUACUUCAUUUAUUUGGUAAUCAUUUGUUGAGGGACUUCGCUGUGCCACCACCACCCCCCUGCCCUACCACUUCGCUCUGUCCCCUUUCUUCAUUGCCACCUGUUGUCCUUUUUCUCCUCCCCCUGUGCCUUGCUUUCUCUCUCUGAUGUCCACCUCUUUCUGCCUGGCCCUGUCCCACACAUCCCCUUGUUCCAUAUUGCUCCCCUGCCUCCCGCCUGCUCUCAGGUCUCAGCGGCGGUGGCAGCCGAGGUGCAGGAUGCGAGAAGGCGCCCCCCGGCCGGGCUCCCGCUCCAGGCCUCGCUCCCCUGCGGCCCUCUGAGCCCACCAUGGCCGUCCCACCAGGCCAUGGUCCCUUCUCUGGCUUCCCGGGGCCCCAGGAGCACACGCAGGUAUUGCCUGAUGUGCGGCUGUUGCCACGGAGGCUGCCCCUGGCCUUCCGGGACGCGAGCUCAGCCCCGCUGCGCAAGCUCUCCGUGGACCUCAUCAAGACCUACAAGCACAUCAAUGAGGUAUACUAUGCGAAGAAGAAGCGGCGGGCCCAGCAAGCGCCACCUCAGGACUCGAGCACCAAGAAGGAGAAGAAGGUCCUGAACCAUGGUUACGACGAUGACAACCACGACUACAUUGUGCGCAGUGGCGAGCGCUGGCUGGAGCGCUACGAGAUUGACUCACUCAUCGGCAAAGGCUCCUUUGGCCAGGUGGUGAAAGCCUAUGAUCAUCAGACCCAGGAGCUGGUGGCCAUCAAGAUCAUCAAGAACAAAAAGGCCUUCUUGAACCAGGCCCAGAUUGAGCUGCGGCUGCUGGAGCUGAUGAACCAGCACGACACAGAGAUGAAGUACUACAUAGUGCACCUGAAGCGGCACUUCAUGUUCCGGAACCACCUGUGCCUGGUGUUCGAGCUGCUUUCCUACAACCUGUACGACCUCCUGCGCAACACGCACUUCCGCGGCGUCUCGCUGAACCUGACGCGGAAGCUGGCGCAGCAGCUCUGCACGGCGCUGCUCUUCCUGGCCACGCCCGAGCUCAGCAUCAUUCACUGCGACCUCAAGCCCGAGAACAUCCUGCUCUGCAACCCCAAGCGCAGCGCCAUCAAGAUCGUGGACUUCGGCAGCUCCUGCCAGCUUGGCCAGCGGAUCUAUCAGUACAUCCAGAGCCGCUUCUACCGGUCGCCUGAGGUGCUGCUGGGCACACCCUACGACCUGGCCAUUGACAUGUGGUCCCUGGGCUGCAUCCUGGUGGAGAUGCACACCGGAGAGCCCCUCUUCAGUGGCUCCAAUGAGGUGGACCAGAUGAACCGGAUUGUGGAGGUGCUGGGCAUCCCACCAGCCCCCAUGCUGGACCAGGCACCCAAGGCUCGCAAGUACUUUGAACGGCUGCCUGGGGGUGGCUGGACCCUACGAAGGACAAAGGAACUCAGGAAGGAUUACCAGGGCCCCGGGACACGGCGGCUGCAGGAGGUGCUGGGCGUGCAGACGGGCGGGCCCGGGGGCCGGCGGGCGGGGGAGCCGGGCCACAGCCCCGCCGACUACCUCCGCUUCCAGGACCUGGUGCUGCGCAUGCUGGAGUAUGAGCCCGCCGCCCGCAUCAGCCCACUGGGGGCUCUGCAGCACGGCUUCUUCCGCCGCACGGCUGAUGAGGCCACCAACACGGGCCCGGCAGGCAGCAGUGCCUCCACCUCGCCCGCACCCCUUGACACCUGUCCCUCCUCCAGCACCGCCAGCUCCAUCUCCAGCUCUGGAGGCUCCAGCGGCUCCUCCAGUGACAACCGGACCUACCGAUACAGCAACCGAUAUUGUGGGGGCCCUGGGCCCCCCAUCACUGACUGUGAGAUGAACAGCCCCCAGGUCCCACCCUCCCAGCCGCUGCGCCCCUGGGCAGGGGGUGAUGUGCCCCACAAGACACAUCAGGCCCCUGCCUCUGCUUCGUCACUGCCAGGGGCCGGGGCCCAGUUACCCCCCCAACCCCGAUGCCUUGGCCGUCCCCCAUCACCAACCUCACCACCACCCCCAGAGCUGAUGGAUGUGAGCCUGGUGGGCGGCCCUCCGGACUGCUCCCCACCUCACCCAGCGCCUGCCCCCCAGCACCCGGCUGCCUCAGCCCUCCGGACUCGGAUGACAGGAGGUCGUCCACCCCUCCCACCCCCUGAUAACCCUGCCACUCUGGGGCCUCGCUUGGGCCUCCGUGGUGUACCCCAGAGCACGGCAGCCAGCUCAUGACCCAGCCCCCUCCCUGGGGCCCCUCCUGAAGCCAUACCCCCCAUCUGGGGGCCCUGGGCUCCCAUCCUCAUCUCUCCCCUUGACUGGAAUUGCUGCUACCCAGCUGGGGUGGGUGAGGCCUGCACUGAUUGGGGCCUGGGGCAGGGGGUCAAGGAGAGGGGUCUAGGCGCACCCUCCCCGUAAGGACUGGACCCUUGGCCCCCUCUCCCCCCCUUGUUUUCUAUUUAUUGUACCAAAGACAGUGGUGGUCUGGUGUCUGGGCGGGGGGAGACCCCCUUCACCGUCGGGCCCUAGGAAGGGGUGGGGGCAGGUAGGGGGAGAUGGCCUUGCUCCUCCUUGCUGUAUCCCCCAGUAAAGAGCUUUCUCACA